UUUUUGCGCAUUUCAAUAAAUUUCCUCAGUUUUUUUUUAGCUCGCUGGAAAACCACGAACAGCAUCAGUGUUACCAAUGCCGGAUCUCCGCCAUGGCUGAGAUGAACUGAGAUGAUUUCAACUACAUCCAUGGCGACGACGGCGGCCAAGAAAAUCUCUCUCUUCCCUGUCUUCUCUCUCCUCUGCUUCGUCUCUGUCUUCUUCCUUCUCUCUUUAACCAGGCGCGCCUCUCUCUCUUCCCCUCAUCCCCACCGCUCCGCUAACGUUUUCCAGUCGAGAUCUGACCAUCCCUCCGGAGCUUUGUGCGAUUUCUCGGAAGGAUCCUGGAUCCACGCCGCCGCCGCCGCCUCCGCUAGGUACGACAGUAGCUGUAAGGAGAUCUUCAAGGGAUGGAACUGCGCGCGCAACAACAAAUCCAACGCCGCGGAGAUCACCAGAUGGCGGUGGCAGCCGAGGAACUGCGAUCUUCCGUCGUUUGAUCCGGUUGAUUUUCUGAAGACUUACCGGGAUACGAACAUAGGGUUUGUCGGUGAUUCCUUGAACAGGAACAUGUUCGUAUCUUUGUUCUGCACUCUAAAGCGUGUGAGUGGUGAAGUGAAGAAGUGGCGUCCAGCAGGUGCAGAUCGUGGAUUCACGUUUCCGCAGUAUAAUCUUACCAUCACCUAUCAUAGGACGAACCUUCUGGCACGUUAUGGUAGGUGGUCUGCUAAUGCCAAUGGUGGUGAGUUAGAAGCUCUUGGAUAUAAAGAGGGUUAUAGGAUUGAUGUAGAUAUUCCAGAAAGCUCUUGGGAGAAGGCUCCGAACUUCCAUGAUAUUCUCAUUUUCAACACUGGGCAUUGGUGGUGGGCUUCGUCGAAAUUCGAUCCUGUAAAUUCCCCUAUGCUUUUCUUCGAAGGUGGUCAGCCUAUACUUCCUCCCAUACCUCCAGAGGUUGGCCUCGACCGAGUUCUGAAAAAUAUGAUACAUCUUGUGGAGAAAACGAAGCGGCCAGGAGCAAUCAUAUUCUUCCGAACUCAAUCACCUCGGCAUUUCGAAGGAGGUGACUGGAACCAAGGUGGCACUUGCCCGCGUGAAAAACCUUUAUUACCUCAAGAAGUUGAAGAUUUAUUUUCGGUGAGAAACAACGGGACGAACGUAGAGGUGCGUCUGGUGAAUCAGCACCUCUAUAAUGCCAUGAAGGGUUCUGAAUUUCGGGUUUUGGACAUAACUCGGAUGAGUGAGUUCAGAGCCGACGCUCACCCAGCCUCGGCCGGAGGAAAGAAUCACGAUGACUGCAUGCAUUGGUGCCUCCCGGGCCUCACCGACGCCUGGAACGACUUAUUCGUAGCCAGUCUUAAACAGAUUCAAGGUUAGAAAGGCUCGCUCAUUCCAAUUUCUUUGUCUCCAUGUUGCUGUGUUGUUGUUUGAUUUCUUUUCUAGUUCGUAGUUGGAAUAUAGAAUCUUGAGAUUUUUCUGCUGGAUAUUUAGAUAACCCAAUUUGAGAUGCGAGUCGUGUAUCCGAAAACCGGGUACCCGUCAAGCCAUGGAUGAAUUUGGAUUCAGCGACAGUGAGAGGCCGUAUCCACGGAUACCCAUCGUUGGACUCGUCUAGAAUUAGGGUUAGAUUUGGUUU